AUGUCCAUCGACAGCUCGCCGACCGCCGAGCCUUUCGCCCCGGCGUCGCUCAACGCCCUGUUCGCCGCCCGCGCUAAGACGCAUCGCGACAAGAUCUUCCUGUGUGUCCCUCGACCUGGGUUUGACAACGACGCUUCCACUUUCGCCUGGGACGAGUACACCUAUGGCCAGAUCGACCAGCUCCUCAACCAGCUCUGCGCCUCGUACGCCGCCAAGCUGCCUCCCAAACGACGCAACAUCCCAACUCGGACCGUCGCCAUCCUCGCCCCGAGCAGCUUCGACUACGCUCUCAAUGCGCUGGCUCUCUACCGUGCCGGGCACUGCGUCGUCUAUCUCUCGACCAACAAUUCCACCGCUGCCCUCGCUCACUUGGUCAGGAUCACCAAGACCAAGCACGUUCUGUACAGCGAUGAGCAGAGCAAGGCUGCCGCUGCGCUCAAGGUCGAGCUCGGUCAGCAGGAGUUGGGCUCGGUUGAGAUUAUGAGGCGGAACACCGUUGCUGAAGCAGUGAGCCUGUCGCUCGCUGCGUCGAUGGAUCGCGCUCAAUACAUUUCGGAGCUUACUUCCGAGGAGGAAGCUUCAGAGAAGGCCAGCGUUCUCCACUCGAGUGGUUCGACCAGCUUUCCCAAACCAAGCACGUUCACUCACCACGAGUCGGCCAACAAGCUGUUCACAACGGGAGCCACCGACACGUUUUCGACGAUGCCACUCUUCCACGUGAGCGGCUUCAACACUCUCCUCUCGCCCAUGCUGUCCACCAAGAAGCUCUACAUGUACACCAGCCGCCUCACAGCCGACCUCAUCGCCGCAGCGAUCGGCAGGAGCACGGCCAAGCAGGCGUUCAUCGUGCCGUUCGUCCUCAAGCUUCUUGCCGAGUCUCCCGCCGGCUUGCGCGCGCUUCAGAGCUUCACGCUGGUCACGUUUGGUGGCGCCGCCUGCCCGACUGCUAUCGGAAACACGCUGGUCAACGAGCACAACGUCGCGCUGCAGAACGGCAUCGGCUCCACCGAGGCCGGCUUCCUCCUGUCGAGCGCACGCGACUUUGCCACCGACAAGGAGUGGGAGUACGUCCGCCCGAUCCUCAACGCCAAGGACUACAUCGCAUUCGAGAACACAGGCACAGACAAGGAGGGGCCGUACGAAAUGGUGGUGCUCCCCGGCUUCCCCUCGCUCACCGAGAGCAACCGUCCCGAUGGCUCGUACGCUACGCGUGAUCUGUUCGUCAAGCACCCGACGCGCGAGGGGCUGUGGAAGUACGCCGGCCGCGCAGACGACACCCUCGUCCAUUACAACGGCGAGAAGACCAACCCGGUCCCCAUGGAGCUGGCCAUUCGUGCGUCGCUCUACGUCGCCGACUGUCUGAUUUUCGGCGCGGGCCGCUCGCAGACCGGUAUUCUGGUGGUACCGAGCGAGAAGGCGUUCCAACAGGCCGAGACCCAAGCUUCAUCUCAGACGGAAACGCAGCGGCUCGAAAAGCUCAUCUGGUCCGCAGUGGAGAGCGGCAACGCCGAAGCACCGUCGCACUCGCAGAUCAUUCCGGAGCUGGUCAUGAUUCUGCCGGCUGGAACGAAGCUUCCUGCGGCCGACAAGGGGUCGUUGAUCCGCGCCAAGGUCGCACGUGCUUUCGAGCGCGAGAUCGACGAGCUUUACGCAAAGUACGAUGCCGGACCCGCCGAGGGUGCCAAGAUGACGCUGACGGACGAGACGGCGAGUGUCACGAUCGUCGCCGAGAUCCUCGCCGAGGUUGUCGGCACUCCUUCCAAGCAGCUCGAGACCGAGCUGCGAGACGCAGACCUCAUCACGCUCGGCGUCGACUCGCUGCAAGCCACGCGCAUCCGCAACUUGCUCCAACAGCGCGUUCGGCUGCAGUCGGCGCUGCCCGCCAAUCUCGUAUUUGAGCACCCGACCGUCGCCAAGCUGGCCAAGUGCGUGCUCAAGCACAGUCGUGGCGAGGGUUCGAGCAGCCAAGAGCAGGAUCGAGCCGAGAUCGAAAGUGCGCUUGCGCUGCUGGAGGAGAUGAAGGGUCGAAUCAUCACGCGCGAUGCGAAGCUGGCGUCCGACGUGGUGCAGAAGGGAACCGCGAAGCAGACGGUGGUGCUGACCGGCUCGACGGGGUCCCUUGGCGCCCACCUUUUGCACCAGCUGGCUCACCUCGACAUGGUCGAGCGGGUGAUCUGCCUGAACCGCGCACCCACCGAUGCCGACGCUCUCGAGCGCACUGACUCCUCGCUGCAGGUCCGCAAGCUGGACACGCUCGACGCCCUCGCCACGUCGACCCAGACCUCCAUCCUGUGCUUCGCCGCUCAGCUCGACAAACCCCACCUCGGCCUGAACGCAGAUGCAUGGCAACUCGUUUCGACCACCACCACCGCGGUGAUCGACAACGGCUGGCCGGUCAACUUCAACAUGUCCAUCUCCUCAUUUCGAUCUCCCAUCGUCGGCUCUGUCGCUCUCAUCAACCUCGUCGCCGGCACACCGGCCACCCUGACCCCACGCUAUAUCUACUCCUCCUCGGUCUCUGCUGCCAUGAACACCGGCAGUUCCGUGGAGGAAUCGGUCGCGCCGACAAUUCAGCAAGCCUCGCCGCUGGGCUACGGCCGCUCCAAGUGGAUCGUCGAGCAGCUGUGCGCCUAUGCGCAGCACCACGUCGGGGGUGGAUUCGAUGCGGUCCUCGCGCGAAUUGGCCAGAUGGUCGGCGAUCGCAAAGCAGGAGUGUGGAACGAGACGGAAGCCAUGCCUCUCACCAUCAAGUCGGCGCAGGUUGUCGGAUGUUUGCCUGAUCUGCCUGGAAACAUCAGCUGGCAGCCGGUGGACGAUUCGGCGUUCAUCAUUGCGAGACUGCUCCUUCCCGAAAGACUGCAGGGUGUAGUGCACGUGCUGAACCCGGCUACCGUACCCUGGCGACAGGUGGUGCAGAUGCUUAGGGUCAACCUCGGCGGGGAGGUAGAGAUGGUCGACCCGACCGAGUGGGUGCGCCGCCUCGAGGAGUCGGACCCGGACCCGGCGCGCAACCCGACCAUCAAGCUGCUCGAGUUCUUCCGCGCCUCGCCGGGCGGAGGACUCGCGUCGGACCAGGUGUACAGCACCGAGCGUCUGCGCGAGGUUUUCGCCGACCUGGGGCUCAAGCAGCAGCUCGAGGAGAGGCUGGUCCCCACGGAUGCCGAGUUGGUCGGCAAGAUCGUUGCUGCGUGGAAGGCAAGCGGGUUCCUCAAGUGA